UAAGAUCCGUUCAUUCCAUUGAAAGUAAACUCAUUACGCUGCAUCUCUCUUCGUCAGAAAAAAGGGCAUGUGGGAGCCUAUGGGCCCAGAGUUGUGCCAAUUGAAGCUGGGUGAAGGAUGAGUCGGGCGCGGCAGUGGACUUUGAAAUAUAUUCCCCGAAGGAGAAUGGUAUUGUUCUCAGCUGCGAUACGCAUCAAUUCCGAGAUAACGAAAUAUAUCGACCUUGGGAGGCUGGUUGCUCGGAAUUCUCGCGGCGGAACGGAUAACUGCUUUCUACAGCUAUGACCUUUAUCUGUUGGCUCGGUGGAUGUCAGGAAUAUAGGGUGAUGGCGCGGCGGUCUUCCAAACAGAGCAGCGCUUAUCAUUCACCCAUACUGUUCCUAUAAUACACCCGUCGCUUUAGAUACAACGGUCACCUCUGUGCCCGUAACGCGAAGAUGAGCAUCAAAUCUUCCAGCGACGAGAAGCUUUCUGAAAAGGCAGCCCACGUAGCUGUUGCUUCAGUUGAACAUGGGGGUGCAGAGACGUCCCCCCUCAACCCACAAGAGGAAACUAGACUGCUGAGGAAGAUCGACUCAUUCUUGAUACCCAUGUUCGGUGUCUUGUAUUUUGCGUGUUUCCUUGACCGUGGAAACAUCGGUAAUGCCAAAGUUGCGGGGAUGGCGACAGACCUACACCUUGUCGGUAACCAGUACGGAGCGGCCGUUUCAGUGGUUUACGCAACUUAUGUCAUCUUUGAACCCGUUUAUGCUAUUUUGCUCAAGCUUCUCACUCCUAAGAUCGUUCUUUCGGUCUCUACUCUAAUUUUCGGGGCGCUUACUAUUGCUACACCAUUUUCCGGCGCAUAUGGUCCGCUGGUAGCCAUUCGGGUGCUCCUUGGUUGGUCUGAGGCCGGUGUUUUCCCUUGUAUCGCGACUUACCUUACGAUGACCUACCGUCGUGAAGAGUUAGGAAGACGACUUUCCUACAUUUUCCUGUGUUCCGCACUCUCAGGAGGUUUCGGUGGACUUCUAGCGUACGGUUUAACGCACAUAUCCACAGAUUCCUUGGCUGGGUGGCAAUGGCUAUACAUUGUUGAAGGCCUCUUCACUGUCGCUCUUGCUCCCGUUGCCUUCUUUUGGAUCCCAAAUCGUAUUGACCAGGCAUGGUUUUUGAACAAGGGCGAGAAGGACAUGUGUGCUGUUCGGUACGAAACGAACAUGACGCAUUACGACCCAGACGAGAAGUUUGAUAUACAAGUGGUUCUUCUUGCUUUCAAAGAUUGGAGGACUUGGGCUAGCGGUGUAAUCCAAUUCGGUGCUGAUGUCACACUUUAUGCCAUUUCUACAUUCAUGCCAGUCCUUAUCAACGGCAUGGGAUACUCUUCUUACCAUGCGCAGCUUCUCACUGUCCCCGUCUAUGUUGUUGCUGCGCUAUCAUUCAUGAUCCAAGCCCAAUUCUCUGACCGCCUCCUCCUUCGUGGACCAUUUAUCAUUGGAAACUUCUUCAUCCAGAUCAUUGGCUAUAUCAUUCUGGCGACAGCGAAGCCUGUUGGAGCACGUUACUUCGGCGUCUACGUUGUUGCAUUGGGUCUUUAUACACCAACUGCACUCAACGUUGGAUGGACGCAAAAUAAUUUUGGUCCUCAUUAUAAGCGAGCAGCCGGUGUUGGCCUUAUGCAGUUUGUCGGCAAUUCGGCCGGUGCUUGCAUAGGUCAAAUAUUCGACACCCGUCUGCAACCUUAUUACCAUCGUUCAUAUUACAUUUCCAUUGCGCUUACGGCGUUCAGCAUGAUGGUAACGACAUUUGUGAUGUUCUAUCUUCGGGAAGCUAACAAGAAGAAGGCUGAGGCGGUGGCUGCGGGCGUGCCAAACGAACCCCAUCUUGGCGAUAAGAAUCCGCAUUUCACCUUUGUUUUAUAGUAAUGAUAUUAAUAUGACGGCGUGGUAUUCUCAUUUUACACGAUAUAUAGGAAUUUUACUAGACAUAUUGUCUGUGGCGUAAUGUGAAGCUAUAGAGUUUUAUUUUCAAUCAUCUGGUCACUUCGUCCUAUAGAGCUAUGCACACAAUUAUCGCUAGGUCUGUACCAGUUCUGAAAAAAGGAAGACUUUGUAGCAUGGACGAUUUCGAACGGAACAAAGUCGCGUAGCAGGUUUAUGCUAAUUUCGGUCCGUCAUUCAAAAACUCGAAUCAAUUGGGUAUCAAGUUCAGAGUUUGGAAAACCGG